AAAGGCACUGGCGGGGAGGCUGUGACUGCAGAAUAGAUUCUCCGGGUUUACUUCCUCCUUCUCCAGGUUCACUUCUUUCUUGAGUACAUAUCGUCAUGGAGACUCCUCUUGAGAAGGCACUGACCACCAUGGUCACCACUUUCCAUAAAUAUUCAGGGAGAGAGGGCAGCAAGCUGACCCUGAGUAGGAAAGAACUGAAGGAGUUGAUCAAGACAGAGCUGAGCCUUGCAGAGAAGAUGAAGGAGAGCAGCAUUGAUAACUUGAUGAAGAGCCUGGACAAAAACAGCGACCAGGAGAUUGACUUCAAGGAGUACUCCGUGUUCCUGACCACGCUGUGCAUGGCCUACAAUGACUUCUUCCUAGAGGACAACAAGUGACCAGGAUCCUCUAUACCCUCACCAGCAGCUCCUUGUUCUGAUCUCUGCAGCCUCUUUAACUGCCCCUCCUAUGCCCCCUGCCCUUUUCCUCUCCUAGAUGGAGUCUUCCAGCAGAGAAAUAAAGCCUUA